AUGAGAUCUGCUAGAUUGACAGAGGUUCCGGCAAGGGCUGAUUCUCUCAAGGGGUGGACUGACCUGCGACUGGCAGCUCAAGUCAACUACCGCCAUGGCUCCUCCUCCCACCAGGUGCUUGUCUCACCGUCACUCUCCUCUACUGCUAAGACACCUCCCCCCCCUUCCCCCGCUCGCCUACUGUUCCGCACAUCCACAUCACUCCGCUUGCUCCUCAUCGUCCCGCUCGCCUUCUACCCCCUGCUAGCUACGCUCUCACUCACGAGAGCAGAGGCUGUUCCCUGUGUUGUUCAUGCUCGAUGCAGCACCUUCUGCUGCGUGCGUCCCCACCAGGUGUGCUUCACAGCACCGGUGCCCGGUCCCUACCUGCUGUCGCUGCAUCUGCUCUUCACCAAUGCCUUCCAGCUGCGCUCCAACCGCUCCCCAGCCUUCAACCACGGCUAUGCAGGGUACGAGCAGGUGUUUGCUCGAGUGAUCCGGGUGGUGGCCCCUCCAACAUACUACCCUCUAGCCCUCCGCGCCCUUCUGCCAUGGUGCACGGCGGCCUUGCUUCGCACGCACGGCAACGAGGGGUACUGGCUGCAGCACAAGUGGAUGCCCCAUGCCUGCCGCCUGCGCACUGUCACCCCCAUUGAUGCACUCUCCUGCUUCCACCGCCAUAAAAACGUCCUCAUCAUGGGCGACUCAGAGAUGCGCAUCUUCUUUGGCUUCCUCACGCACUUCCUCGUCAACCGCACUCGCGGGACGUAUCUGCGCUCCAUGGGGGGCGACCUGCAGGCCUUUCACGGAUUGCAAAGCCUCCCCAAGACCACCAAUUACACGGACGGCAGCGGGGAGCUGCUGCGCACGCCCGUGCCCUUUCCCCCACCCCUCUUCACCUUCUACGGAGGGCUCCACAACGGCUUCACACGCCAACAGUUCAAUGUGAGCAUGCGUGGGCGCACUUACCUCUUCAAUCUGACAUACGCGUCUCACAUGGGGGCGGAGCACGAGGUGCUGCCGGCGUGGAUGUACAACACGAGCCUCACGGGAGGCGAGGUGGUGUCACGCCCAGACACGCCCUUCCGCCUCGCCGCCUACAGCUCCUCGCUGCACGACCUCAUCACGUUGGACACUGCGCAGGACUAUGCACGCGUUGCUCGCUCGCAUCUACUUCCCAGCCUGCGGCGGCUCUUGCAGGACCCGCGGCGGGUGACGGUGUUUGGGCCGUGGGCAGCCAGGGAGGACAGCAAGCCGCCCGGGCUGCUCUUCAAGAGUGACAACGUGCGCGGCUUGGCCUUCGAACAGGAAGCUGCCAGACCCAGUCGUUUCCAACCGCUACCUACUUCAACGCUUCGCAAGGUGGGAAGGUGGCGAUCGUUGCUGCUCUUCCUCUCCCUCUGCUUCAUUUCUCCGUGCGCAUUCCCACUCCCACUGCACCCACUACUUUGCUCACCAGUGUACCCUCCCCUCCCCCCCCACACGGUCGCACCUUCCCCCUCGUCCCCCGCAGGCGCGGUUCUGGCGGAGGUGCAGCGCGAGUGGGGGGUGAGCUGGAGCCAGUGGGGGGAGGGGGGCGACUGCUCUCAGGCGCAGGGGCUGGCGUGUGAUGCGCAGGGGCGGAUCGUGAGCAUGUAUCUCCCCUAUGCGCGCCUGCUUGGACCCAUUCCGCCUGCCAUCGGCCGCCUCACAGCGCUCACCAUGCUUGAUCUCAGCAGCAACAGCCUGGGCGGCUCUCUGCCGUCCUCCCUCGGCCUGCUCCACAGCCUCGCUUAUCUGGACGUGAGCGACAACAAUCUCAACGGCUCCUUGCCUGCUUCCCUCUCCGCGCUCUCACUCCUCUCGCACCUCAACAUGAGUUUCAACUCUCACUAUAUGGGCGACAGCAACGGCAUAUCAGAGUCUCACCUCUCCCCGCUGCUCCGCCUCUCGUCUCUCUCUGUCCUCGAUCUGAGCUACAACCAGAUGGGAGGCCCGUUCCUCUCCUCUCUGCACCUCCUGCCCAACCUGCACCACCUCAAUCUGCGGUGGAACCAGUUUCUUGGUCCGCUGCCCUCCAAUCUCACAGCACUGGUCAACCUCACCUUCCUGGACAUAAGCCUCAACAUGCUAUCGGGCUCCAUCCCUGCCUCCAUUGCUCAGCUCUCUCUUCUCAACACGCUGAAGCUGCGGGGCAUGAGCCUGUUCAGGUCUGCUCUGGAGGGCUCCAUCCCAGCCUCCCUCUUCUCCCUCUCACGCCUCACUGCGCUUGAUCUGAGUGAUAAUGCGCUCUCUGGCUCUAUCCCUGAUGACAUCAGCAAGCUGUCUCAACUGAAGCAGCUUCGCCUGGGAUGGAACGUCCUGCAUGGGCCCGUGCCAACUGCUGUGGGUCGCCUGCUACUGCUGGAAGAGCUGGAUCUGAGUGCAGCGCCCAGGGUAAACCAGUCUGCCUCACAGGACCGUCUCACAGGCUCCAUCCCGUCCUCUCUUGGUCUCCUCUCACGCCUCACAUCCCUGGAGAUGGCAAGCAACGACCUGGAAGGGUCCGUCCCCGAGUCCAUGUGGAACCUCAAGGCCCUUGUAAAACUCGACCUUAGCAGCAACCACCUCUCAGGCUCGCUCUCUCCUGCACUUGGCACUCUCCCCUUCCUGCACACGCUUCUCCUCAACAAUAACUCCCUCCAUGGUGAUCUCCCAGCAUCAUUGGGGGGCUUGCGGCAACUCGACAUGCUCGAUGUGUCAUACAAUCCUCUUUCUGGUGUCAUCCCACCCGCGCUCGGCACCCUGCCCAACCUCCUCACUCUCUCCAUUUGGCCCAGCAGCGAGUCUCCGGGCCCUGUGUGCCCGUCUCCGGCCUCUUGCCCCGUUUCUCCGCUGCCCCUCGCCGUCUUCUGCUCGCUCUGCCCCCGCUACUGCGCCUCCUGUGCGCCCUCCGCAGGUCCACUGCUCAACACCCCCUCUGCUUCCUUCGAAUCCCCCGCCCCUCCCCUCGACUCCAUGUCCCCUGCCCUCGCAUACCCACCAGCAUCCUCCCCAGCACUCACGGAUGACUACUCAUUUGACCCCAAUGAACAGCCCGUCUCCAACCCCCUUGCCCCUGCUUCCCCUGCUCAGUCCCCGCCUGCACCUACUUUCCAAGUCAACCUCCCCCCUGCACUCUACUCCUCUCCACCCCCACCUCCUGCUGCUCUUGCCACCACCCCGUCUUCUCUGUCCUCUCGUCCGCCUCUCACGCCCACCUCCACUCCUGGUUCUUUGCUUGGUUCCGCCCCCACCACUGCUUCAUCUCCCCCCACUGCCUCUGUCACCCUUCCUUCCCCCGUCCUCCACACUGCACUAGCCCCGCGUUCCCCAGACAUUCCUGUCCCUCCAAAACUCUCUCGAGGCCUGACAGCCCCACCCUCCUCACCACCACCUGUCUUCCCGGCUGCAUUUGCAGCACCUACGUUGUCUCAAAUCCCAGCAGCAGCACCCAUGCCGGCAGUUACAGUUGCUAAAACUACUGAUUCCGCUGUCAGCGCUCCUCCCACUGCUGCUGCUCUGUAUGGUAAGGCGGCUUCUGGCCCUGUUGCUGGCACCAAGAUUACUUGCGUUGUUGCGGGGGGUGCUCUGCUGCUGCUGCUGGCUUUGUGA